UUAUAGGCGGUAGAGGCGAGAGACUGACUGGCCGUGGGUGUUAUUGAGUAACAGCGAUAAGACUACAACCGAUAUUAUAAUAUUGCGUGGGGUGCUGACAGUGUGCUGGCUGCCGGGUGAGUGACGAACACUCCUCCUCCUCUCCUGCUGGUGCUGUCCUCGGCGUGUGUGUGUGUGUGUGAGUCGCCCAUUUACACGCCCAGUCGUCAUUAGUAAUACCCACCCUUAUCACCCGCCCACAAGAUAAGCCCAAUAUUACCCAUUUUAACCCAACUCUCUAACUAGACCGCCCACUAUGAGGGUGUGGGCGGUCGUAGUGAUAUGGGCGAGUGGUGGGGUGAGUUUAGCAGCACCAGGCCCGUCCAUUACUACACAGAGUGAGACGCCCGACUUGUGGGACGCCGCCAGACAAACAUCGAGGGACACCCGCCUUGGUAUCCAUUACGACAAAAGAGACACUCUACGUCUACAAGGACACCAGCAAGAAACUGAGGGUGAUGGAAGCCUCGCGUCGGCUCAACAAGUAACUGUCAUCACCAGCCAAGUUUCUGGUGCCCAGGACCCCGUCACCAAUCCCCUAGAGAUCCCUGGGCUCUUCCGGGGCGCCAAGUUACCCAGGGGCAUCGUGGUGAAGACGGUGGACGAGAGAGAGAAAGAGGAGAAGGAGACGGAGGAGAAGAAGUACGGUUCACACACGUUCUCAGACGGGCCCGUGCGAAGUGAAACAUAUUCCGUAGCUUCGAAACUUAAGCAAGACAAGGCCGUAGUAACUGAGGAUAUUUCGAAUGUCACCCAGAAGACGGCUCUCUUUACAACUGAAACAGAUCCGAGCUCGAUUACGGCUCUAGAUGGCGAGGAGAUGACGUCCUCCAGUGAAGCAGCGAGUGAACUUUUGAACACAACAAGUGAAUCUUCGACCACAACAAAUGAAUCUAUGACCGCAUCAAGUGAAUCUUUGACCACAACAAAUGAACCUUUGACCACAACAGAUGAACCUUUGACCACAACAAAUGAACCUUUGACCACAACAGAUGAACCUUUGACCACAACAAGUGAACCUUUGACCACAACAAAUGAACCUUUGACCACAACAGAUGAACCUUUGACCACAACAGAUGAACCUUUGGCCACAACAAAUGAACCUUUGACCACAACAGAUGAACCUUUGACCACAACAAGUGAAUCUUUGACCACAACAGAUGAACCUUUGGCCACAACAGAUGAAUCUUUGACCACAACAGAUGAACCUUUGGCCACAACAAAUGAACCUUUGACCACAACAGAUGUACCCUUGACCACAACAAAUGAACCUUUGACCACAACAAAUGAACCUUUGACCACAUCAAGUGAACCUUUGACCACAACAAAUGAAUCUAUGACCACAACAAAUGAAUCUAUGACCACAUCAAGUGAAUCUUUGACCACAACAGAUGAACCUUUGACCACAACAAGUGAACCUUUGACCACAACAGAUGAACCCUUGACCACAAAUAAGUGAACCUUUGACCACAACAAGUGAUACUACAACCACAUCGAACAAUAUAUCCACUAAAUCAAGUACUAUAACGACCACAUCUACAUAUCCAACCACCACUACCACUCCACCACCACCACCCACCACCACCCCACCAACACCCACCACUACCACCACACCUUCGUCUUACGGAGUACUCACAACAGGUCAGGUGGUUGGCAUCGCGAUAGGCAGCGUGUUUGUGAUCACUAUGGUAGGUGGCGGGGCCUUGGUAUGGUUUAAAUUAGGUGAAAAGCUGUGUUGGGCGAGGAGACGAAACUAGGUGAAGGUGUCUUGAUGCAUCUGUGUUUCAGGAGUAGGUGGGUUAGAUUACCUGUAUUUUAGGUGAAGGUGGGUUAGAUUACCUGUAUUUUAGGUGAUACAAUCCCACCUAAGCAAAAAUUAUUCCACCAGGACAAAAUCACCUACCUGGACAAAAUCAUCCCCCGAACAAAAUCACCUAUCUGGACAAAAUUAUUCCACAGCGACCAAAAGAAAAUUAGAUGAAGCGAGAGAAAGCAGAUGAAAAAGUCGAAAGUAGACGAUAUAUUAGUAGAUAAAGAGGAGUAGGCAAUAGAUAAAGGGAGUAGAAAGUAGAUAAUGAGGAGUAGAUAAUAGAUAAAGGGAGUAGAUAGUAGAAGGUAGUGUUGUAAAUUAUUGUAAAUGAAUUGAGGUUUACUUCAUCCAUUAAUUUACUGUACUAUAAUAGUUCUUGUAAAUUUAAUUGGUUGAAGUGUAAAUCAAACUUAAUUGUAAAUCAGAAUUAAUUGUGUAAUUCUAACUUAUUCAAAUAGGUGAAUUAAAUUUAAGUGUUGAUAAGAUUGUAAAUUGAGAUUAAUUAAUUGUAAAUCAAAUUAACUAACUGUAAAUCAACAUUGUUUUUAUUGUUAAUUUAUUUACUUGAAAAACAAUAAUUAAUAUGUUAGUUUAAAUUAGAGAUA